AUGUCUAUUCUCCAGCAUCUUGACCAGUUGAUGUCCGCUCCUGGCGAACAUGCUGUUCAGAACUUCAAUGAUACCAAACAACUGGACGACUGGAUAAUGCCCAAGUCGUUCACGAGUCCAGAUGUCAAUGACGAUCUAGAACAGGAUUCUCGAAACUCCAUUACGGAUGUCUUUAUCACUGGUCAGAAAUUGUCGCUACCCACGCCUGAGCACCUAAUAGGUAGAUUGUCAAGCAAACCAAAGGAAGUUCUAGAGCAUAUUUCUGGUAUUCUGUCGACUACACUGCCCGAUGAUGUCAUAUCAGGCGAGCUCGCUGAUCUGGUUGGCUUUGAUGACAUCGAAAUUGUUGCAGAAUUGCUUGCCUCUAGAUCUUACUUUGUGGAUGCAUUAUCUGGACGAGAAAAAACGACAUUUAAAAUCUCGACCUCAGAGAAAGCGAAAACAGGCACUGUAGUUACCAGCCUUGCUCCGCAGGAUAUUCGUCGCCGCCUGGAAGGGACUCUCAGGGCGAAUGCAUCUCGUCCUUUGUUUACUGGUGUGGCACAAGAAGCUCCAGAAGUGCUUCCACAUGUAUACUCUGCGUCUAUGAUGCAAGGCGGUUUGCUUUCACAAUUCGGUACCAAGUACGCACGUCCACUCGGAACUACAACACAUGACUACGAGGAAUAUGAGGAAAUCAUCAUUCCUCCUGCCAAAGUCGUUCCACCCAGGACAUCCGAAAGGCUCAUUCUUGUCAACGAACUCGAUGAUUUGGCUAGAGGCUCAUUCCCUGGAUAUUCUUCCUUAAAUCGCAUACAGUCUAUCGUCUAUUCAACCGCUUAUGAAUCAAAUGAGAAUAUCCUGGUUUGCGCUCCUACUGGUGCUGGUAAAACUGAUAUUGCGAUGCUAACAAUUCUUCGGGUUCUCAACCAGCACCGAUCACCCAUCAGUCCAUCAUCACCUCUGCAUGCUUCAAUAGAUCGCAAUGCCUUUCAGAUUAUCUAUGUUGCACCUAUGAAAGCUCUGGCUUCUGAGAUCGUUCGAAAGCUGGGGAAAAGACUGAAAUGGCUCUCUAUACAGGUCAAGGAAUUGACAGGGAUGGGAAUUCUCUCUGAUACAUGCACCGCCUUCAUAGUCACUACACCUGAAAAAUGGGAUGUCGUAACUCGAAAGCCCACUGGCGAAGGAGAGUUAGCUUCAAAGUUGAAGCUUUUGAUCAUUGACGAGGUACAUCUUUUGAAUGAAGAACGUGGGGCUGUCAUCGAAACUAUCGUUGCGCGCACGUUGCGACAGGUCGAGUCAAGUCAAUCUGUCAUUAGGAUAGUGGGGCUCAGUGCAACGUUGCCAAACUAUUUGGAUGUCGCCGAGUUCUUGCACGCGUCCCGAUAUAAAGGACUCUUUUUCUUUGACUCUUCCUUCCGACCGGUACCUUUGGAGCAGCACUUCAUUGGAGUUCGAGGAAAGCCUGGAAGCACACGAUCUAAAACGAACCUUGACCGCGUCACGUACGAGAAAGUUUCCGAACUAGUACAACAGGGACACCAAGUAAUGGUGUUCGUUCAUGCGCGUAAAGAAACAGUGAAAGCGGCGCAGGCUUUGAAGGAUGCGGCGACAAUAGAUGGCACAUUGGAGGAUUACAACUGCGAGGAACAUCCUCAAUGGUCAUUUUUCCGAAGGAAUAUAGGAGAUUCUAGGAACAAGGAGAUGAAGCAACUUUUUGAUCUUGGAUUUGGUAUUCAUCAUGCCGGUAUGCUGCGAUCCGAUCGAAACAUGAUGGAGAGGAUGUUCGAAGCUCGAGCUAUCAAGGUCAGUGGUAUUGACGGGGAAAUGACGCAGGUGGAAGUUAAUAUAUCGGAGGAAGGUUCUUUGUUGUACAGCGACUCUCGCGUGGGGAGUCAACUUGCCUGCUCAUGCAGGAGUCAAGUUGUAAUCAAAGGUACUCAGUUGUACGACAGUGCAAAGGGAUCCUUCGUCGAUCUCUCGGUUUUGGAUGUAUUGCAAGUGUUUGGCCGUGCUGGUCGGCCUGGUCUCGAGACAAGUGGUGAAGGAUACAUCUGUACUACUGAAGAUAAGCUCGUACACUAUGUUGAUGCCAUAACGUCACAGAAUCCGAUUGAAUCUCGGUUCAUUUCAGGCAUUGAAAACGCACUGAACGCCGAGAUUGCUCUUGGUAUGUCUCGGGACGAUGUGGCAGAAGAUCCCCAUUUAGGCCAGAAGCGAAAUUCUCUAGUCAUGACAGCGGCUCGAAGACUGGCUAGUGCGGGGAUGAUAAACCUUACUGAAAAAACUAGUACGUUUUCGAUAACGGACCUUGGCAGGAUAGCGGCCAAGUACUACAUUCGAUAUGCCUCCAUCGAGGUCUUUAACAAGGAGUUCAAACCCAAGAUGACCGAAGCUGAUGCGCUUUCCAUGCUCAGUAUGAGUACGGAGUUCGACCAAAUCCAAGUGAGAGAGUCAGAGAUGACGGAACUAGAGCUUCUGAUGAAGAAAGUUCCAUGUGACGUGAAAGGAGGGACAGAUACAAGUCAAGGCAAAGUCAAUAUUCUCCUUCAGAGCUACAUUUCUCGCCUUCCGGUCGAAGAUUUUGCCUUAGUUUCCGACUCAGCAUAUGCAGCACAGAACGGAGGACGCAUUGCACGAGCUCUGUUGGAUAUAGCGAUCAGCCGCAAGUGGGCUAGUGUGGCCACGGUUUUCAUGGGUAUCACUAAAGCUAUAGAGAAACGUCUUUGGCCAUUCGACGAACCUCUUAGGCAAUUUGAUCUCAAGGCCGAGAUUAUAUAUGGCUUAGAGAAUUCAAGAGAGGAGUACUCGCCCGCGGAACUAGCUUCCAUGACUCCGGUAGAGCUGGGUAAUCUAGUUCGCUUAAAUGAACGGCAUGGUCAAGCGCUCCGGAAUGCAGCUCGGCAGUUCCCUACGGUCACGAUGGCUAGCUCACUUCGACCGUUGGGGUCAAAUGUCCUCAAGAUUGCAAUUUUGGUUACUCGAAACUUCGACUGGAACGUCAAAGUGCAUGACUUGGGAGAGCCUUUCUGGCUGUGGGUCGAAGAUCAUGAAGGCAUCGAAAUUUUGCAGUUUGCGCACCUUCUAUUGCGGGAGUCGACAAACUCCCUUGAUGUGAAUUUCGUGGUUUCGAUACCGACCGACAUUCCUCCACCUUAUUUUACCGUCAGAUUUGUAUCUGAUAGAUGGAUGGGGGCCGAAGAUGAACUCCAUGUAUCUUUGGAUGGACUAGUUAUGCCUGCUCCCUCUCAUGGCCAUACCCCUCGUUUGGAUCUCCCAUUUCUCUCCCGUUCUUCGUUGUGCCUUCCUGUACUCGAAGAUCUCUAUUCAGCCCGACUUCACGAUUUCAAUGCUAUUCAAACACAAGUGUUUUGGAGUCUUAUUAACACUUCGAUGAAUGCGUUGGUAUCCGCUCCCGUUAGUAGUGGCAAGUCCCUCAUGGGACAUCUAGCAAUAUGGACUACCCUACUCCUCCAUCCGAGGUCCUUGGUGCUUUUCAUUGUCCCAAACCGAACUCUCGCUGCCCAAUCUCUCUUGGACUUCCGUGUCGUUUCCCAUGCACUUGACGUGACGGUCGAAUUGUCUUCUGGGGAAGGUUGCUUUUCUCCCUGCCGGACCAGCACAAUACGUGUCGUUACGCCGUCGGGACUGCUUGAGGCUGUUGAUAAGCGUAACCUCCGCCACGCAAACUAUCCAUCUGUUGUAGUGUGCGAUAAUUUGGAGCAACUUGAUGCAACCUAUGAACUCAGUAUAUCACUGCUACGACACACAACGCAAAAUCAUCUCACCCGAUACGUCGGCUUGUCGACCUCUCUCAAUGACCCCACGGACAUCGCUUCAUGGCUGGGUGUAGAUCCCAUGGCGCUCCACAGUUUUCGACCCACAGAUCGGGAUCAGUCACUCACAAUCACAUACCAGACUUUUACAAUACCGCAUUCAGCUGCACUGUUUAAGUCCAUGUCGAAACCAGCGUACAUGGCUAUCAAAAGCGUACCAUCUCGUGAAUCUGCCAUCAUUUUCGUCCCUUCUCGCAGUCAUUGCCGGACGGUGGCGCAAGAGCUUAUCACACAGUGCGUCCUAAACACGGAGACAGAGAGGGGCUUCCUCCCAGAAUUUGUACUUCCUCUUUACAUUGAAGACUGUUCAGCACGGUUGCAAGACCCGACAUUGGUUGAUUUCGUGACACGCGGUGUAGGGAUCUUCCACAGCGGGAUGUCAAAAGCAGAUCGGAAUCUUGUUCUGGAGUUAUUUGCUGAAGGCGUUGUUCGCGUACUUCUGUCGCCUCGUGAUGCUUGCUGGAUGCUGCCUGUCCGGGCGGGAGCCGUAGUGGUCAUGGGCACCCAGUAUAUUCAUCUUGAGAGAGAUGGCUCUGGGCCGCAGCUGCGAGAUUACAGUCUUGUUGACGUAGUCCAGAUGCAGAGCCGGGCUGUGAGGCAUGAUGCCCCUGGCCACUUCUUCCUCUUUUGCCAGGCGGAGGUUAGGGAGACAUUUUCCAAGUUCCUGGCUGAAGGACUUCCGCUUGAAUCGGAGCUGCUGGAUUCAUCCGUGUUUGAAAAAUGGUACAGGGAGAGGAGAAGAGACGGGUCCAUCAGAAACAAGCAGGAUGCUGUUCAAGCACUGUCCUUCACGCUCCUUGCGCGAAGGCUGGUCAGCAACCCGGUGUAUUAUGACAUGGAAGCGGGCUCGCAAAAUGAAAUCCUAUCGCGCCUUGUUGACAGACUUGAAGAGUCCGUUCUAUAG